UGAUCAGGGGAGUCACUGCACAGCGCUGGACUUGACCCCUGAGGCUCUAGAGUGUGAUUGGGUAACUCAGCCUCUCCCAUUCUCUUCAUACUGAGUCUGUGAGGGAGUGUGUGAGCUGUAGCACGCUGCUGCUGCUGCUGAGAGGGACAGAAGCGCAGUCAUGCCGGGGGUCCUGUUAGGAGACGUAUUUCCUAAUUUUGAGGCGAACACAACCGCCGGCAAGAUCAAAUUUCACGAAUUCUUGGGGAACUCAUGGGGCAUCUUGUUUUCUCACCCCCGCGACUUCACCCCCGUGUGCACAACUGAGCUGGCCUGUGCUGCUAAGAUCAGCGAUGAGUUCAAGAAGCGUGAUGUGAAGAUGAUCGCCCUGUCCAUAGACAGCGUGGAGGACCAUCUCGGCUGGAGCAAGGAUGUGAUGGCUCUUCAUCCAGAGCAGGCAGCCUCUCCCCUGCCAUUCCCCAUUAUAGCGGAUGACAAGCGUGAGCUGUCAGUUCUGCUCGGGAUGCUGGACCCUGAUGAGCAGGACAAAGAUGGUUUGCCCCUCACUGCUCGCUGUGUUUUUGUUGUUGGACCUGAUAAGAAGCUGAAGCUCUCCAUCCUCUACCCUGCCACUACGGGGCGCAAUUUCACUGAGAUACUUCGAGUCAUUGAUUCUCUGCAGCUGACUGCAAAGAAGAAGGUUGCCACACCUGUGGAUUGGAAGCCUGGAGAUGAUGUCAUGGUUGUCCCUUCUCUUUCUGACGAAGAAGCUAAGAAGCUUUUCCCUGCUGGUUUCACCACCAAGGAUAUGCCAUCUGGGAAAAAAUACCUGCGCUACACCCCAAACCCUUAAACCGCUGCUAGGGGCCUGACAAAUAGCACUUCCUUUCCACUCUUGGCCUGUUGAUUUUGUAAUUUUAUUUUGUAUAAUUUAUCCACAAUUAUUUUUCUGCCUUUUACCAAAAAUGUAAUCAUGAACAGAUAGACAGAGCCAGACCUCAAUCCUGAGACAAAGUGUACUAUUACACACUGUGUUGCAUAGUGCCUUAUCUUUAAUAAAAACAGCAGGGAAUGUGUUGAACAUGCAUGUUAAACAAAAUGGCUAAUACAGUUCAAGUUAAAUAUGUUUGCACAACACUGGUAUGUACUAGAGAAUGAAUGGGCCCAUGUAGAAGUUUACUUUUAUACUGCUUGAAAUGUGAGAGAAGAAAUAAGAGUUUAGUAGUGUCAGAUUGGGCAGACAGACAUGUCUUUAGGCUCCUGUUGUCUGGCUAAACUGAAAAAACAAACAAACCCUGGAUUGGGAAAUACUCCCUAGAUCACAUGUGAGUUAUGCAACAAGAGCAUUGCGUUACCAUAAUACCAUCUAGUGACCUAGAUGAACCUUGAUUCUGUUUAUUAGAGUUCACUGGAUGUUAAUGUAUCCCCUAACCCUGUUUAUACUGUCCUUAAAAACUAGAUUUCCACACCUUUUGUUUCACAUCAUUAUUUGAUUUUUUUGUAUGCUGAGUUAGGAUUACAUCCGACUUUCCAAAUCCAAAUGAGUUAAAUGUAUUAUGCAUAUUUGUUGCAAUUUAUUUAGAUCUGUUGAAAUUUUCUUGUUUGCACUAAAGUUGACACUCUGAAAAUGUAAACUUUCUCAUUAUAGGAAAUUUUCACACCAAUUAUGUAAAAUGAGAAUAGUAGCCUGUCGUUCCCUGGAAAAGCCAGCAGAUGGCAGCAGAGGCUUGGUAAUAGAAAAAACACUCUCUGCUGUGAUCCUGAAACUCUAUUCAGUAAUGAUCAACUUGAAGUAAAGACUUUGUGUCAGCAGUUUAAACUGGCAAAUCUAUAA